UUUGACUCAAUCCAAAAAAAAACAUCUUUCUCCUAUUGCCGAUCAAAAAAAAAAAAAAACCCUAGAAAAAAACUUCAUCAAUCAUCCCUCUCUCUUGUUCCGUUCGAUCGCCGCGGUUCUUUUUUCUCAGUGUUAUGUAGGUUUGAUCUCGUUUGUCUCCACUGACAAAAAAACUCGUGAGAGGCGAAUGAGAAAGGGUGUGUAGUGUUCUUUUUUUCUUUUUUUUUUUUAAGGGUUUACUUCUCGUUGACCCCAAUCGAUUCUGAUUGUUAUCGGAGAUGGCUGAUUCGUGUUUCAAAGCGGGUAAGUUUAGCGCACCUGGGUUUCGAUUUCACCCGACUGAUGAGGAGCUUGUUGUUUAUUAUCUUAAGAGGAAGAUCUGUGGUAGAAAGCUUCGUAUCAAUGCCAUUGGUGUCGUUGAUGUUUACAAAGUCGAUCCUUCUGAAUUGCCUGGUCUGUCGAUGUUGAAGACAGGAGAUAGACAGUGGUUCUUUUUCACUGCAAGGAACAGGAAGUAUCCAAACGCAGCUAGGUCAAGUAGAGGCACUGUAACUGGGUAUUGGAAGGCUACAGGGAAGGAUCGAGUCAUUGAGUAUAAUUCAAGAUCUGUAGGACUUAAGAAGACUCUUGUUUUCUAUAGAGGUCGGGCUCCUAAUGGUGAGCGGACUGAUUGGGUGAUGCACGAGUACACGAUGGAUGAAGAUGAACUUGGGAGAUGUAAGAACGCCAAGGAGUAUUAUGCUCUUUAUAAGCUGUACAAGAAAAGUGGGGCUGGUCCCAAAAAUGGUGAACAGUAUGGUGCUCCGUUCCAAGAAGAGGAAUGGGUUGGUAGUGAUAGUGAAGAGGGCGAUAACGUUGCUGUACCGGAUGAUCCUGCUGUGGUCCACUAUGAGAACUGUCGUCGUAUGGAUGAUCCUGUGGUCCACUAUGAGAACUGUCGUCGUAUGGAUGAUCCUGUGGUCCACUAUGACAACAGUCGUUGUAUGGAUGAUCCUGUGGUUCACUACGAGAACUGUCGUCGUAUGGAUGAUCCUGUGGUCAUCUAUGAGAACAGUCGUCGUAUGGAUGAUACUAAAUUUUGCAAUCCUGUCAAUGUUCGGUUACAGGACAUCGAGAAGCUUCUCAAUGAAAUUCCAGAUGCGCCCCGUGUUACUACAAGACACUUUAACGGGUUUACUGGUGUUCCGCAGGGUAAUAGCGCAGGAGAGAUACAGAGCACAUUGCUGAAUAGUUCUUCUGGAGAGUUUGUUGACCCCCGGAAAACUGGAGUGUUCUUGCCAAAUAGCCAGCCAUACAACAGGCAGUCUAGUUUUCAGUCCGGUCUGAAGUCAGAAAAUUCAUUUGAGGCUACCUCUGGUAUGUCACCACUUCUAGAUUUUGAGAAGGAGGACUACAUUGAAAUGAAUGAUCUUCUGAUCCCUGAACUCGGAGCUUCUUCAACUGAGAUAUCCACACAGUUCUUAAACAAUGGUGAAGUCAGUGACAUUGGUGAAUUCGACCAAUUGUUCCAUGACAUUUCCAUGUCUUUGGAUGCAGACCCUGUUUUUCAGGGAACUUCUACAGAUAUGUCUUCUCUGAGUAAUUUUGCUAACAACACAUCAGACCAAAGGCAGCAAUUCCUUUAUCAACAGUUGGACCAGACCCUUGAGAACCAGCAGAAUAACUUCAUGCAUCCUAAUAACUUCAUGCAUCCUAGUACAACUCUUAAUCAGUUCACUGACAAUAUGUGGUUUAAAGAUGGUCAGGCUGUUCUCUUUGACCAACAACCACAAUCUUCUUCUGGAGUAUUCACUUCACAUUCAACAGGUGUGAAGCCUGAGUCUAUGAAUCCUACUGUGAGUGUAAAUGCCCAAAACAAGGAAGGCCAAAAUGGUGGUGGAACAAAGAGCCAGUUCUCAUCAGCUCUGUGGGAAUUAUUGGAAUCGAUACCUUCAACACCAGCCUCUGCCUGUGAGGGUCCUCUUAACCAGACCUUUGUGCGUAUGUCUAGCUUCAGCCGCAUCAGGUUCACUGGAACGUCAGUGACUAGUAGAAAAGUCACAGUAGCAAAGAAGCGUAUCAGUAACAGAGGAUUUCUUCUGUUAUCAAUUAUGGGUGCUUUGUUUGCCUUCUUCUGGGUGUUCAUAGCCACCGUUGGAGUUAUGGAAAGACCCUGCCUCUCGUGAUCUAGGCUCUUGAUUCAGGAUAAGUUUAGAAGAAAGCAUAUCGACAUUAGUGAUUAUUGAAUCUUUGAUUUAUGUAUAGAGUUUGAAAGAGCUAAGAAAAAUAAUUUUUAAAGGGUUUUUUUUUUUUUUCUCAAUUCUCGAUGCCUUUGAUUUGCUUGCAUAUCUUAUGGUUUUAUCAUAUCAAACGGCCUCGGCGGAGACGUUAAUUCCCUUAUGGGUGUUCAGAGCCACAAAUAAUUUGAAGUUUGUUAACUUUUCUUUGUUUUUGAAUUCAAAGUAAAAGGUGUUGUGAAGGU